GUUUAAGUUUAUACCGAGGAAUGGCUGAAUCUACUCCUCUUCUCUCCCAAUUCAAUUCUCCAUUAGAAUCGAAACGUCUGUCUAUUACUGAAUUGAUUGAAGAAUGUAUGGCAGAUUUUGGGUUUGCCCAAUUGAUUCAAGCGGUUCUGGUGUCACUUGCUUGGGUUUUUGACGCACAGCAAACAUUCAUUAGCGUUUUCACUGAAGCCGAACCCUCUUGGCACUGCACUGAUCAGCUCAGAAAUGGGUCGUGUCACUCAGGAUUCUCCAACAUCUGUCAACUUCCCAGAGAUUCAUGGGCAUGGGAUAGGCCAGUAUACUCAUCCAUAGUAUCAGAAUGGGAACUUCAGUGUUCGAUUUCAGUCAUCAAAGGCCUUCCAGCAUCUUCAUUCUUUAUGGGAUGCCUAGCUGGUGGACUAGUUCUAGCCACAUUAGCCGACUCUUCUCUUGGUCGCAAGAAUUUGCUGUUUCUCUCAUGUCUACUGAUGUCUCUCUCUACUCUGUUUACCGUGUUCGCCCCUAAUAUUUGGAUUUACUCAGCUUUAAAGUUUGUCAAUGGUUUUGGCCGUGCAACUAUCGGAACAUGUGCUCUUGUGUUAUCGACGGAGCUAGUCGGCAAACGGUGGCGAGGCCAGGUAGGAGUCAUUGGUUUCCUUUGUUUCACACUAGGGUUUCUGUCAUUACCAGCUAUUGCUUAUAUAAAUAGAGAUGCUUCUUGGAGAACUCUCUAUCUAUGGACUUCUAUACCCACAAUUUUGUUCUGCAUAUUAGUUCAUUUCUUGGUUCGUGAAUCUCCCAGAUGGCUUCUCCUGCGUGGUCGCAAAGACGAAGCUGUAUCAAUAUUAACUAGUAUCGCUGCUACUAAAAGUAGUCUCAUCACCGAGAACUUGACCCUUUUGAAACUUGAGCAAGAGCCAUCGAAUGAUGAUAUUUACUCGGCUAUAAAGAUUCUGGUAGAGAAAAAGUGGGCUUUCAGAAACUUAUUAGCUGUUAUGGUAGUAGGAUUUGGCAUUGGAUUUGUGUACUAUGGCAUGCCAUUAGGUCUAGGUAAUCUGGACUUCAAUCUCUACUUAAGCGUCACGCUUAAUGCCUUGUCAGAGCUUCCAGCAUCGCUAAUCACAUCCUUCUUAAUAGAUAAGUUGAACAGGAAAUGUUCAUUGCUGGUUUUCAACAGUUUAAGUGGUAUUUGCAGUAUCCUAUGUGUGGUAAUGGGGAAAAUAUCAGGAAAUCUACAGAUAGGAUUGGAGAUGGUAUCUUUCUUUAGUGCAUGUACAGGAUUCAACAUUCUCUUAAUAUACACAUUAGAGUUGUUUCCUACGUGCGUGAGGAACUCAGCAAUAUCAAUGGCAAGACAAGCACUUGUACUUGGAGGUUUGCUCAGUCCACUGCUAGUUGCUGCUGCAAGUAAAAAUGGGUUUCUAUCUUAUGGAGUAUUUGGAUUGGCGAUAGGGAUUUGUGGGUUUUUCGUCAUAAGCCUGCCAGAGACAAGAGGAAAGACACUUUGUGACACAAUGGAAGAAGAAGAGCACAAAGAAAAAGAUCUAGCCUGUAAUUAUUACUUGUAAUAGGAGAAAUUACUGAGUGCAAUUUGUUAGGAGUGCAAGGAACACAUCAUAUUUGUAUUGUUUAAUUUUAUAAUUUGUCAACAAUGGUCAGAGAAGUUUCUGUGGUUUUGUAUUAAUCGAUGGGCAUGGACGACAAAGCAAAAGUAAUGCUUGGCUGGAGCCAUAUCAUCGGUGGGAUACAAGUCCACUUGUCAA